AUGGGCAGUGGAUUGGCAACCCCUCUUCUGCCGCUGCUCUUCGGCCGUGCUUGCUGUGCUCCCCGGCGGGAGGACAACCGCCCGGACAACCACGACGCCGGGCGCGGGGCGCGCCCAGCGGCGCCGGGCCGAGGCGCGCGCCGCGCGGCAGCGCCGCUCUCGCGAGAGCCGCGCGGGGCCAUGGAGCCGGGCCUGGAGGAGCUGAUGCCGCGGCUGCUGCCCGUGGGCGACUGCGACCUGGCCGAGGACUUCGAUCCCACCGUGCCUCCCAGGACGCCCCAGGAGUAUCUGAAGCGCGUCCAGAUUGAAGCAGCGCGAUGUCCUGACGUUGUUGUGGCGCAAAUAGAUCCCAGAAAAUUGAAGAAGAAGCCGACAGUAAACAUUUCAAUUUCUGGAUGUCAGCCUGCUCCUGAAGGAUACUCUCCAACGCUCAAGUGGCAGCAGCAGCAAGUGGCCAAUUUCUCAGCUGUUCGUCAGAGCCUGAACAAGCACAGGAAUCACUGGCGGUCACAACAUUUGGACAGCAAUGUUACUAUGCCAAAAUCAGAGGAUGAAGAAGGCUGGAAGAAGUUCUGCCUCGGGGAAAGAGUAUACUCAGAAAUAGAUGUACUAUCUGAUAAUGAAAAUUUAGGAAUUGAUUACUUGAAGGUGGGGUUUCCCCCUUUGCUAAGUAUUGUAAGCAGGAUGAAUCAGGCAACAGUAACCAGUGUCUUAGAAUACCUGAUAAGCUGGUUUGGAGAGAAAAAAUUUACUCCAGAACUGGGUAGAUGGCUUUAUGCACUGUUAGCAUGCCUUGAAAAACCUUUGCUACCUGAAGCUCACUCCCUUAUUCGACAGCUGGCAAGACGAUGUUCAGAAGUCAGGGCACUGGAGGAGAGCAAGAAUGAAGAACAAAUAUCAGCUCUGAACUUGAUAAUCUGCUUAGUUAGUAGGUACUUCGAUCAACGUGACCUGGCUGAUGAGCCUUCCUAGGCUGUAUUGAGAACGUCCAGUAUUUUGCAUUGCCACAGUACAAACAGCAGUAUCAGAGUUAACAGCAAGACACUGCACUGUUGAGACCUGAAGUAUUACACAACCCCUUCAGAACACCCUCACACUAAAGCAUUUGGGACAGCUGUGAAUAACAUCAGCUGAGUUUUAGCUGAGAUUCAGUGUCUCCAAUACCAUCAUAACCAUCAUUGUAAAGUGGUAACUGAAGCGUCCAGCAUCAUCUCUCAAGCUCCUCCCUUUGUAAACUACAUUCUUGGUUAGAAAUUUCUACCAUCAGAGUAAUCUAUGGACACUGCUAUUAGGUGAAGUCUGAGGUUACAUUACAAAUUACUAUUCUUUUUCUAACAGACUUAUUGAGGACUUUUAAAAUAAAACUAAAGUAUUUUAAAGACUGUUCUUAAACAUUGUGGGCUUUCUUACUCCAUAUUAUUUAAUGGCAGCCUUACUAUAGAAAUUUAGAGUUAGGGCUAAACAUGUUUUUUAAAGUUUUGGUGCCUAUGAGUUUUAGCAUUGCUCAACAGUUCAAUUAUAGCCAACACGUUACUGAAACAAUUGUUUCAUGUAAACAUUACUACUUUUUGAGUAGUACAUUGCAGAAGUAAACCAUAGCUAGCAAUUAAAAACAAUUACAAUAAUGUUGAGUUUAUGUAUAACAAGGUGGAAUAAAUUUCCUUCUUUGGCCAGUAUAGAUGCCCUUAGGCAUAAAUCAUCCUGACACAAGGAACAAUUGCUAAUUUUAGGGACAGGAGAAACUGUUGAACUAUGUAAAAACAAGUUUUCUUCUCCUGCCCCAAACUACAAUCCUACAAAGGUCUCGCCUAAUAUCUUUAAUGAUGUGUGAGCUGUUAGUUCACAUGUUAUCAGGCUCCAUCAAAGAAAUACAAAAGCAAUCGUUGCCUCCCAGUUCAGAGCGAAUGGGGAAAGGUAGCAGUUGGGCAUUCUAGUCAGGCAACACAACGUGCAUUUGUUUCUUAUUCAAAUUUAGUCUUGGUAAGGAUUUUUCUGUUCUCAAACUCUGUCUGUGGUCUUCCAGGCUCUUUUGGUAAUAGAAAUGUUUUGCUGAUAUAGCGAGUACACGGGUUUUACCAUGUAUAAAUUACUACUUUAGUAUAGAAUAAAUUUCAUACCAAGACA